AUGAUGUGCAUGCGUGUGCGGCUCGUCGAGGCGGAGAAAAAUCUAAAUUGUGACGACUUGAGAAGAGUGAUCAGGGGUCUGCUUCAAGAAGAGACUCGAUUCGUUCAGGUGAAAGAGCUUGUGAAAGACUUCGGACGUAGCUCCGUCUCCAGCAUAUCCCGACACGAUCUGCAAGUCGGUACCGACUGCCUCUUACUGGACUUCCUGACUUCAGCCUGGACUUUCUCAGACCACUGCUUUCAUCUGGACGAGCUUUGGGGCUACGCCGUUUCUCCCAUAGACUUUGACGGAGCUUCUUCUUCUAUCGAGCUAUUCCUAGACAAUGCUCGCGCUGCUAUCAAAGAAAGCGCAGAUGUGCACCCAGCAGAAGCUGAGACUGGUCGUGGCGAAUGUGAAGGAAACCAAGUCGACGACGAUUGCGUGAGCGUAUCGCAAGCGGCUUCAGCAAUCAGCGAGGAGGAGAUGGACGGUGAUCAAUCUUUCAGCACGGGGGAAAGCUUGCCAAAUCGAUCAGUAGCUUUUGGAUCAGACACAGGAGCUGCGACGUACGAUUCCACCGAGCUACUUCGCAAAAUGAAAAGAGACGGCGAGGUCUCAGCGACAGAACCGAAAGCGCAGACUAGGUUGUCCACGGAUUUGGAAUCGACCGACGUGGUUGAUGAAGCUCAGUCUAUGAAGAACUCCAGUACAAGCAGGAUUGACCAAGGAAGUACGUUCGAGUCUGUCUUGGUCGACGGCUUUCCACAGCUGCGAGAAGAUAGUGGCCGCCAAUCUGCAUCGGGAUCAGAAGCUGUCCAGGAUUCGAUUCUGCAUCCAGUUCCAGAGACACAGUACGAAGAUGCUGAAAGUCAGCUUGACGUAGAUCUUUCAAACGAACCACCUAAGUUGGAUUCGGAAAGAAGAGCCACUUUUGGUUCUCGAAUCCUGCCCGCAAAAAGGUCUCUUUUUGAAGAGAUCUCCAGAGCGACCUGCGACUGCAGCGCGGAAGAGGCUACCGCCGGACAGCCCGCAGCUGUCCGGGUCCAUGAGUCGGUCAAUGACCAAGUCGAACUUCCUUUGGAACCACCUGUGCCUGUGGAAGUUUCCAGUAAAACCAAGCUCUGCUUUUCCAAGGGCGGCACUCCUUACUGGCUCGUCAGCUUUACAAUCCAAAGUAUCGGCGACCACUGGAUAGAGCUCCAGGGCCUUUGCUACACCCGACACGGGGACGAGAAACCCGUCACGAUCGUCUGGCCUUCAGGGGACGUCGUGCUGAAGGGGGAGCGUUCCUUUGUUUCAUACGCCGUCCGCUUCGAGCGGACGAGUAACGUACCUCCUCAAAUGAUCUUUCAAUGGCAGUACAGGAAGCUAGAAAAGAAGAAGAGUGCAAAGAGAGAAGGACCCGUCAAGAACCCACGAAUCGGAUCAGAGUACAAAAGGCUGCCCCCCACGCAACUGAAUUCUGCCAGAAAGAGCCCCAAGCGGCCCACCAACCAAGACCAUUUGCCAGUUCAUAGUUGA